AUGUCUCACCCGGCUGAUGUCCCUGUUCUUCCUAAGGGUCAACGUUCUCGGCCGGCUCUUGAUCCUCCUCCUAGCACGGAGGCUCUUGACCCAUUGACUGACCCUCCUACAGAAAGUGCUGCUGGCUCCACGAAGACUUCAGUGCCUGCAAUCAAUGACAAUGACAGCGUAUCAGCUUCGGCGGCCAGUGGUUCUGGCCUAUCUGCAAGCGACAAAGCUACGAUUCCGUCCUUUGGUGUUGCUGAUGACGACGGCUUCAUGGAUGACGACUCGGAUGAUGAGAUGCUGAUUGACCUGGUUAAGGAGGCUGGAUCCCAGUUGUCAGCUGAUGUUGUCAAGACGACCAAGUUUCAGGAACUUCAGACGGCUUACAUUGCCAAGAUGCGAUACUGUCGCCUGCAAGUUUCAUUCACAUUGGAGUCAGACGCAGCACGAGUUCGUCAGAAAGAAGUGAUUUACCAGUCUCUUAAGGGGCAGCUGGUCACUCUUCACUGGCAGCACACGGAUGAUCCUGUUUUCACCCGCGAGAAGGCGAUGAAUCCGCACGCCAUCGAAUUUAUGAUCAAGGGGGUCUCAGCUGCGGUCGAUCUCAUCCUGAUUCAUGACCGCCUUGCUUCUUACCCGAUGAAGAGUACUCAGCGGUCGGCCUUUCAGCGCUGCUCCUGCCUUCAUCGCGUGCUUCACUCGGUUACUGGUGCUGACACGGAUGUCGUGAAGGGUCUGGUGUAUGCUCACCCUGAGAGUCCUGCGUGGCUGAAAGCGUCAUCUCUCUUCCUUCCCAUUCUUCGGGACUCAGCCAUCGCUCUCGUCUCCACCGGCAACAUCAUAGAAGAUUGGAUCUGCACACAGGCCGGGUGCGGAAAAGCGAAAGGAAAAAGUCUCAUGGCAGCGGCGGCUCACAUCAAAGCAGCUACUCACCUGCUGGAGCUGGAGAAAGCCGGAUCAACAACGAAGGAGUCCCUCGACAAGCUGAAUCUUGCUGUUGUCCGCACACAGUACGGACUGUGA